UAAAAAGCCACCGCCGUCGCUUCCACUUUUCUGGCAGGGGAAGCGCUCAAGCUGGCUCGCCGUUCGCUUCCAGGAGUCAAUUCGGAGAAAUCGCUGGAGGACGUCUCUGAUUUCAGGCCGCUUCCUUCACACUUCACUCUGUCGCAGGCGUUUAUUAGCGUUCCCUGUCGCAUCCACGGCUCCGUUGCUCGCUGUCAAUCUCUUAGCAAUUCCCUUGUAGAUGAGCACAGCCGAUUGCAACUUCUGUCUUUAGAAUGUGCAUUGCCUGUGAAUUCAGUUGCUCUUAGCUGCAGUAAUUUUCUGAUUUCUGCCUGGCUAUGUCUAUCAAGUGAGAACUGGAGGGAGGGAAUUGAACUCGUCUCAAUUUGCUCUCUAUGCCAGAUUAAGUUAUCAGUUUUGUUGGAGUUAGUAGAAUUGGAUGAGAUGAUAAAUUCUGAAAGCAUACUUGUGCUGCAGUUGGUUACAGGUGGGGCGUUUGGUGGGAAUAGAGGAGCGAGACCAGUCCCGCCAGAGAAGGGAGUCUUCCCUUUGGACCAUUUGCACGAAUGUGACCUGGAAAAGAAAGACUACCUCAACUGUCUGAAAUAUGGUGGUCACCUAUCAGAAAAAUGUAGACAGUUCUCGAAGAAGUACCUGGAAUGUCGAAUGGAAAAGAAUUUAAUGGCCAAGCAGGACAUGUCUGAACUUGGGUUCGCAGAAAAAUCUGAGAUGGAGUCAUCGCAAGCAAAGGGCAGCAUCAAGAACGAGUGACCCCAUGUCUCUUUGCCAACCUUUCUGGCACUGGAUUUGAUGAGAUAGAAGGCUAGUCCAUGAGUUUGAGACACACAGUAGACUUUCAAAAAAAAUUCUGUACAAUCGUUCAAUUUCAUGGGUAGAGAAUAUAGAAACAAAAGGAUCCUAGAGCUAUGGACAUGCAAGCUCCUGUUAGAUGGAUACCACAUUGUUUAGUAAAAUUGGGGCUCGGAAAUAAUUUGGAUUUGGUCAUGUAUCACUUGCUAGAUGGGGAAAGACAGCAGAAGCAGAAUCAAUCAAACAGCUCCAAAAUAAAAUAAAAUAAAAUAAAAUAAACAAAAAAAAGAAAAAAGAAAAAAAAAACUCUAAUCUAAACCCAAAAGCAGG